AAGGUGAUCAAUCUCCAUCCGUCUCCAUUAGAAAUCACCUUAACACUCUGACAGACAACGACAAGCCCCCUUGAAAGCAAAUGAGUUUGAUUUAUUUGGCUGGUAAAAACACCCGGAACCGCACCGAGGACGCGGUGACGCCCGUGUGCCGAUAACCUGCCGACUGCGAGUCUCUCUCUUUCCCCCGUGAUGCCGCUCGGUUUGCACACUGUUGUUUGUUUUUGAACAAGUCUGCUGCCGCUGCUGCUGCUCGAGUUUUGUGCCCCGCAGACUUCCUACUGCUGGAUAAUUUUACUGCUGCUCGCCUCGUGUGGCCCGAGCUGCUUCGGGGAGAAGGAGAAGGAGAAGAAAAACAAGUGACUUAGAUCGGCCCCCUGUCCCGUCAAGCUGCAGCAUCGGGGGAAACCGAACCACUGGCCUGAGCUGGGUGGAGCAGUGACCGCCUGUAGCAUGAUGUCCUACCUCAAACAGCCCCCCUACGGCGUCAACGGCCUGGGGCUCAGCGGCGCUGCCAUGGACCUGCUGCACCCCUCAGUGGGCUACCCGGCGACUCCAAGGAAGCAGCGGCGGGAGCGGACCACCUUUACCCGCUCCCAGCUCGACGUCCUGGAGGCUCUGUUCGCCAAAACCCGCUACCCGGAUAUCUUCAUGCGGGAGGAGGUCGCACUGAAAAUCAACCUGCCCGAGUCCAGAGUCCAGGUGUGGUUCAAGAACCGGAGGGCCAAGUGUCGCCAGCAGCAGCAGAGCGGCAGCAGUGCCAAAGCCAGGCCGCCCAAGAAGAAGUCUUCUCCAGCCCGGGAGAGCACUGGAUCCGAGAGCAGCGGCCAGUUCACACCUCCUGCCGUCUCCAGCACCGGCUCAUCCUCCUCUUCCUCCUCCUCCACCAAUCACACAGGCCCAACAGCGCUCAGCAGCACCUCUACCUCCAUCAGCACAGUCUCCUCCAUCUGGAGCCCAGCUAUCUCCCCGGGAAACGCUCCUGCUCCUGCUGUGGCCCCACUCCCCGAGCCCGGACCCCCAUCCAACGCGUCCUGUAUGCAGCGUUCAAUGUCAGGCUCUGCUGCCGCCGCCACUUCCUACCCCAUGUCCUACAACCAGACGCCGGGCUACGGCCAGGGCUACCCUGCCCCCUCCAGCUCUUACUUCAGCGGCGUGGACUGCGGAUCCUACCUGGCCCCCAUGCACUCCCACCACCAUCCCCACCAGCUCAGCCCCAUGACAGCCUCCUCCAUGUCAGGCCACCCGCACCACCACAUCAGCCAGUCAUCAGGCCACCACCACCAUCACCACCAUCACCAGGCCUACGGCGGCUCUGGCCUGGCCUUCAACUCCUCCGACUGCCUGGAUUACAAAGAGCAGACUGCAGCCUCCUCGUGGAAGCUCAACUUUAACACCACAGACUGCUUGGACUACAAAGACCAGGCCUCCUGGAGGUUCCAAGUCUUGUGAUCAGGCUUUUCUUCCCUCCCUGCUCGUCUGCUCCCUCUUCUUUUUAUUUUCCAGAUUAGCUUAUUGCUUGUUUUUAAAGACAAAAAGAGUUUAUGAACCAUAAGAUAACAAGAUAGCAGCAGGAAUGCUCAGCAAUCGGACUUUGUUUUUUUUUCCUCCCUCUCGUCCUCCGCGUCUUUUAAAAAAUUAAAAAUAAAAAAAAAAAGAAGAGAAACAGUCUCUCGAGUCCUGUGAAGAGAAAACAUCAGGAGCAGUUUCCUGACAACAUAGAAUGGGUUUUUAAGACGCCCCCUCUUGGAUGACCUUAACAAAACCAAACUGUUUUUCAAAACAACAACAAAAAAAAAGUCAUUUUGACCAAACUCCUUUUACCACCAGCUCUCUGGCUCUCUGGAUGGGAGGAAUAUUUUCCCCUCUGGUGCACCAACAGGAACUGCCUGCAGUGCCCCUCUUUACCUCCAACCCAAUCAAAUCCUGUAUAGUUUUUAUUUCUGAAAUUUGUUAUUUUAGGAUGACAGAGAUUUUUAGUCAGCUGCGUUGAGGAGCUGAAAUAUGUAAAUAUGUAUUUGGGUCAGUUACAGUGACCAUGUUUAGUUGGUGUUUUUUCGAAUUUGAAAUUGUUUAUUACCACUUUGGGAGAAAAAAAGAAAAAAAACAUAUGUAAAUCUUUCCAAAUAUUCCAAAGAGAACAAAUUGGCCAUGAAGUUCAGCUUUUAUAUACAUUGUUUUACUCAGAAAAGAAUACGUUUUGGCAAUUUAAAAUGUCUUGGAAAAACUCUAAAUCUAAAAAUAUAGAUGCAGAACUAUUCUGGGCAUUUGUCCAGGUUACAUUUUGUUUUCUGGAUAUUAUUAUUAUUAUAAUUAUAAUUAUUAUUAUUAUUAUUCUAGCCUCUACAUUUUCAAACCAGACCUCCUCUCUUGGGCAUUGUCGUGAUUAUUGGACAUGUUUGAACCGCAGCACUUGGCUUGAUAUUGGAGUCAAAGCAUUUUUUUUAUUAUUUUUUUGGAGAGGAAAAAUGGAUUUAUAGCUCCAACAUGACAGUGAGAUGUUGAAUGUAUCUUUAAGGCGACCACCCUUACAUACAUGUUCAUCCAAUAAAGAUCCGUUAAGUCAUAUUUAUUUUUCUACAGUGGAUUCUGUCUCAGCUUGAUUCCCAACAGGGAGUCGAGUUUUUCUUUUUUUAGAUGCAUGUACACCAGCAAAUUACAGAACUCAAGAUUCUUGUUUUCUCUCAUUUGAACUAGUCACACUUUAUUUAAAAGCUUGUUGAUUUAGUUUUUUUUCCCCUCCUAAUUAUAACGGGGUAAAUGCAAAUUAGUCCAUAAUUAAUACAAGCCGUGAACGCGUGUAGGCCCGCAUUUCCAUUUUAGAGAGCAACCAGUUUAAUCCUCUCUGUCUUAAAUUGAAACACUAACAUCUCUCCUUGCUUUAGGGAGACCAAGUGUCUUUUUAAACUGUGGCGUUAAAAAGCCCUAAAUAUUGAGCCGGGAGACAUUUGAUCGAGGCGUAAUUGAAUGCAGCGCUGUAAUGGCGUGAUAAUUACUCCUGCGCCCUGAGUUGGUUUCUCCAAAAUAACCUGCAGGAAUUUCACUGCCUCUGAUGCGGUAAUUACGUAGGUGGGGCCAGGUUAGGGGGUCAGAUCUAAGUGUGUGUGUGUAAUGCGUUCAUGCUCGCAGGCAUAAACGCAUUAUAAAAGGGGGGUGUUGGUGGUAGGGAGAAAAAAAA